AUGAUGUAUUGUAAACGGAAACGAUGGGCUGAAGCGUACUGCUCGGGGCAUUUUUUUGGUGGGAAUACCACCACACAACGUGUCGAGGGUGUGCAUAAGAAUUUGAAGGAUGUAAUUGGUAGAGGCAUGAGGUUAGUGGAGUGUAUUCCACGGAUUGAAAGAUCAUUAUUGAGGUUGAGAAAUGAUAAUGUGAAGGAUGACUUUGAUUCCAACAAUUCACAACCACUCCUUCGUACGCACCUUCGAUCACUAGAGGAACAUGCAGCUUCUAUUUUCACUUACGACAUUUACAAGUUGAUAAGAAAUGAGAUAAACAAGGAGGCAAAAUAA